AUGACUACCAAAGCCAUCGUUAUGGUCGAGAAGGGCAAGGCCACUAUCCAAGAAGUUCCAAAGCCUAAGCUCCGUGACGAUUACGUGCUUGUUAAAGUCAAUGCCGUUGGUAUCAACCCCACAGACUGGAAGCAUAUCGACUUUGAAGUUGCCGACGCUGGCUCUCGAAUUGGAUGCGACUAUGCUGGUGUCGUCGAGGAAAUUGGUAGCAAAGUGACCAAGCCUUUCAAAAAGGGUGAUCGCAUUAGCGGAGUGGUUCAUGGAGGUGAUCGAACACAGCAUGAGAACGGAGGUUUUGCUGAAUAUAUUGUUGCCAAAGGCGAUGUUCAGAUCAAGACACCAGACAAUGUAAGCGACGAAGAUGCUGCAACCCUCGGUAUUUCUAUUGCGACUGUAGGCCAAGGACUCUAUAAGACUUUGGGUCUACCGCGUCCUAACGAAGGCAAGAAGAGUGACGACUUCAUUCUCAUCUAUGGCGGAAGCACUGCGACUGGCAUCUAUGGUAUCCAGUUCGCCAAGCUAUCAGGCAUGAAAGUUAUCGCAACAGCUUCCCCACACAACUUCGACUAUCUCAAGUCCCUUGGAGCUGAAGCUGUUUUCGACUACAAAUCUCCCAACGUUGCUGAAGAAAUCCGCAAAUACACCAAUGAUACUUUGAAGCUCGCUUGGGACUGCACCGGUCUAGGAGCAGCCGUCUGUGCCGGUUCGCUAAGCACAAAGGGCGGAAAGUACGCGACUCUCCUCCCUGUAGACAAGAAGGAACUGUUGGAUGUAAACCCGAAGGUGGAUGGACCCUAUGUUACUCUGAUGUACUCCAUCUUUGGUGAGAGAUUCUUCAAGGGCUCUGAGACACCAGCCAAGCCUGAUGAGUUUGAGUUUGCAAAAGACUUUUGGGAGAUUACCCGAAAGCUUCUUGAGGAGGGUAAGCUCAAGGCUCCGCAGACCUUUGUGAACCAAGGUGGUAGUGGUUUCGAGGGUAUUCUCAAAGGAUUGGACGAACUGAGAGCUGAUAAGGUGUCUGGAGGAAAGCUUGUUUACACUCUUUAG